CUUUCAAUCUGUCAAUCCUUCACUUUGUACCAAGCUGUGUUAAUUCUUGGGUAUCAGCUACUUUCAGGCUGGCGCUCUGGUAUACUUCUGCACAGCGGCGGGCCGCUCUUUGGGCACAUAACUGCUGUCGGUUUCCAAAUCCAACUCAACCACGGAAAAGGAUUAUAAGUGCAUUUGGCACCCGAACUUUCGCCCCUCAAUUGAACAUUAACCGUAUAGCAUUGAUACACAGCACUUCAAAUUUUGACUGUGAUCAAGCCCUCGCAAAACGAACCAUGGACGCAACCACAUCCAGCGAGAUUCCCUCGACUGCUGUCUCUCUCGACGCGACUCCAUCCGCCGGCCAAGCUAUCUUGCAUAACGACACUUUAUACACGACAAUCAAAGAAGGGCUAGCGCAUAUCCUAGUGCCUCAAAAAACACCAGAAGCUGAAGACAGCAAAGGUGGAACUGGCAGUAAGAAGCAGGGGAAGCGAAAGGGCAAUGCGGACACCGAGAAGAAAACCGUGUUCUACAACCCGAUUCAGCAGUUUAACCGCGAUUUGACCGUGAUUGGGAUCCGGGCAUUUGGCGAGGACCGACUAGCAACUCGACCUAGCAAAAGGAAGAUGGAAACGGAGAACGGGCAGAAGACGAAAAGGAAGAAGAGAAGGACCGAAGAUGGAGGAGUGAGGUUGACGGGAGCAGAGGGAGAGGAAAUGGUGGCUGGGGCUGAACAGCAGGCUGAGGAAGGAGGGGAUGUACAGAGUUCUGAUGCUGCAGUUUCCAGAGCGAUUAACGAUCAAGGCGCGCAAGAAAAUGGUCAAAUCAAAUCGGAUACCAUUGAGCGCGCUGCAGACGAGCCGUACGGGGACGCCGCCCAACCAGCUUCGCCACACUACCCUCCCUUCCGUAUCCUCGAUGCCCUCUCCGCAACCGGUCUUCGCGCCCUUCGCUACUCCAUGGAACUCCCCUUCGUAACCUCCGUCACCGCUAACGACCUGUCUUCCGCCGCCACCGAGAUGAUAGGUCUCAAUUCUACGCACAACAAGACCACAAAGAAAAUCAUCCCGGUCACCGGAAACGCGAUGGCGCUCAUGUACUCGCAAGUCGGUAUCGAUAAGCCGAAUCGCUACGACGUGAUCGAUCUCGAUCCGUACGGGACGGCUGCGCCAUUCCUAGAUGGUGCCAUACAGGCCAUGAAGGAUGGCGGGUUGAUGUGCGUGACGUGCACGGAUGCUGGGGUAUUCGCCUCCGCGGUGUAUCCCGAGAAGACCUUCGCAUUGUACGGAGGGAUGCCCGUCAAGGGACUCCAUGGCCACGAAGCUGGACUACGCUUGAUUCUCCACGCGAUCGCCAGUGCCGGGGCUAAGUAUGGGAUUGCCAUCGAGCCGCUACUAUCGCUCUCGAUCGAUUUCUAUGCGAGGGUGUUUGUCCGCGUGCAUAAAUCGCCGAUGGAGGUGAAGUUUUUGGCGGGGAAGACGAUGCUAGUGUACUCAUGUGAUUCUGGCUGUGGGGCGUGGACGACGCAGUUGAUGGGGCGGAACGUGGAUAGUCGGAGCAAGAAUGGGACGCCCUAUUAUCGCCAUUCGAUUGCUCAAGCGCCGACCGCUGAGCCGCAUUGUGAUCAUUGUGGUUUCAAGACCCAUCUAUCCGGGCCGAUGUAUGCAGGGCCGAUACAUAACUACUCCUUUGUGCAGAAAAUGUUGGACAUCCUGCCAAAGCUCGAUACCGAAACUUACGGGACGGUACCGCGCAUCGAGGGCAUGCUACAGAAUGUCCUUGAUGAAAGGAUAUCCGACCUUCCAGAUCCCAACGGGCCCGAAAAGGUUACCACUGCGAACGGCAAGCCUAUGAAUGAUCCCCCAACGGCCGGCGACCCGAGCCCUAUUAUCCAGAAGUCCGAGCCUGCUGAGGUCGAUAGACAUCCAUUUUACAUUGCGAGUACGGCUCUGGCUAAGGUGCUACACUGCGUAUCGCCAUCUGAUGCCAUGGUCAAAGGUGCACUCCGACAUGCUGGAUACCGCGCUGCACGGACACAUGCACGACCAGGGGCCAUCAAAACCGACGCACCUUGGUCGGUAAUCUGGCGAAUCAUGACCGAAUGGAUCAAGCAAAAAGCACCUAUCAAAGAAGGCGCGGUCAGUGAGGGCUCUCCCGGAUGGAGGAUCUUGUUCAAGGCCGGGUUGAUUCAUCCGCUGAGCGACGAGGAGCAACAGCAAGGAGAUGGCAGGAGGGGCAAAAAUAUGGCAGCAAAUGGGGCCGAGGAGGAAGAGCAGAAGGAAGUUAAGAUCGUCUUCGAUGAGAAGUUGGGGAAGGAUAUGGAUGUGAAGAAAUAUGUACGAUAUCAGGUCAACCCGGAGAAGAAUUGGGGUCCGAUGAGGCGGGCGAAGGGAUAAAGCAAUAUGAAGAGCAAUCGAGCAACGUAGCAACCUGUUGCCCUAGGAACGGCCAAAAGCCGUGUUGGCGUGAUUUUGGGCUUUCCCAGCACUGAAUAACUAUAGAUAUCAAGCGCUUCAAUUGUUGAGUUCGAUGCCCAUCGUGGAGGAUAUCUGUGGCGCAGUACUUGGUAUCAACAUAGUUCGGUAGGGGCCGGGAGGCUCGGAGCGUGUGCCGUAAUCCCCUGACUCCAUUCCCUCG